AGCAGGUCACUUCGCUCUUUUUGUCACUCGUUUGGUUAUGCUUUGUAUUUAACUUGUUUAUAUGUCGCUCGCUAUCAAUCCCAACUAUCUUCACCAAAAUGGUCUCUAUAUUCAACGUCUUAAUCUUGUUAUGCGCCGUACGCCAAGCGACAGCUACUUUCAGUCUGAACACCGGCGGCCCUAACUGGGACUACACAAGCAAAGAUUUGGCAGACACCACCUCCCAGGCCUGCAAAGAUGCAUACAGUGCAAGCAUCGACUGUGACGAUGUCCUUGUCGGCAUGGUCGCUUCUCUGAACCCAAACUUUGACCCACAAGCUUCGGACUUGGAGAGGUUGUGUACCACGACAUGCAGCGAUUCAUUGAAUCAGUAUGUCAAGAACGUCAAGGCGGCAUGCGACAAUCCCGGCGAUCUUGCCGGAGUGUGCGAUGGCAAUAAGAACCUCUUCCUAGCCGAGGUGGAGACAGUCGGCGAGGUCCUUCAGUACCAAUAUAGCCAGGCAUGCGCCAAAAAUGGGUCAGACUAUUGCUACUUGACCUUUUCCACUAGUAGCGAUUGGGCUCGAGAAGACUUCCCAUGCAACGAUACCUGCGCCAUACAAUUCUAUCAAAACGCGCAUAACCAGCCCGGCUCUGGAUACUUCUUCUCGUACAUGGAUAUGUGCAACCGGACCACGUAUUGGGAGCAAACUUUUGCCGGAGGCUGGGAAACGGUGGUUCAGUGCGGCGAUGGCGGGAAUCAGACCACCAGCUCGACGAGUGUAGGCGGAAGCGCGAGUGCAAUGACUUCAGUAAGUUCAGCAAGUACUUCAGUAUCGGUAUCAACUACUUCUACUAAGACAGCUACGGCUCGGUCAGUCUCGACGACAGGCACCUCCGCUACUACAGGUGUAGUUGCGAGUAGUCGACCAACGAGCGGUGCUGGGAAGAUCAGACCACCGUUCAUCUGCUUUUGAUUGUAUA